AUGGGGAGAGGCGGCCCCCAGUCUGGGGAGGCUGAGCAGUGGCCGGAGCUGAGGUUUGAGAAAGCAAACCCGGCAACUUCCUUCUGCGCCAACGGCAUCCCUCAAGAUAGUGAUACCCUCCCAGAUGCUGUCGUGUUGAUAGGAAUUCUGGUGGUGGCCACAGGGACCCAGGCUCUGAACUUGAGGUUUCGGAGGGAUUGUAAUCAUCACCAUAGGUGCUGUUGCAACAAGGAGCAGGACUUUUCUGAGGAGUUGCUGAACUGGAACGGUAUGCCCUCUGCACCCAUUGAAGUCUCCAGAAACUUACAGCUCCCAAAUGUCAAGGUCCCUGAACCUGCCCAAUGUCAGGCCAGCCGAGAUGGGCCCCUCAAUUCAAGGGCCAUCUCUCCCUGGAGCUAUGAGUUGGACCGGGAUGAAAACCGGCUUCCCCAGGACUUGUAUCAUGCCCGCUGCCUGUGCCCUCAUUGCAUCAGCCUGCAUACAGGCUACAUGGACCACCGUGGGAACUCUGAGCUACUCUGGCACAACCAGACUGUCUUUUACCGGCGCCGGUGUCACGGUCAUGGCGAGCAGCCAGAAAGUGACUGUUAUUACCUAGAGCAGAAAGUCUACCCUGUCUCCUUUGCCUGCGUCUGUGUCCUGCCUCAGAUCAUGGCCUAGCCUGGGAGUCGGUGCCAGGAGACCCAGCUCCAUGCCUGGGGGAAUGCUGGAUGAGGACCAGUUUCUGGGCGUCAGGCUUUUCACCUGGAAACUUGGAGUGCAGGCAAAGAUAAUUGUGGUCAUUAGCACAACCGCCUUGUUCCAGGGCCAUGAGCCUGGUACUUCUGUGCCUUCCCUUUGCCAAAUCCACCUACUCACUAAACUCU